AUGCUAAAGUUAAAACUUUAAGCUAAUACUUAAAAGGUAGAUAUGCUGUCUUUUCCCACUUCAGUAUCCUUAUGCAUGCCAAGCUCUCUAACCCAUGGUUGAAGGUUCUGCUUACCUGUCUAAUAACAUUAAAGUUUUAAUAACUGUCUGUGGAUUUGCACAAGAGGUGAGUUACUUGGGGAAGACUGAGCCUUAACGUGGUCUCAGCUGACUGUCAAGGAUGGGUCAGAAGACAGGUAUUAAAUUCAGCAGUCUGGAUUUCUACAAUUUAAAUGUCCAAAGUCAAACCUUAGGCAAGCUCAGAAACUAGCAUGUGAGAGUCCCAACUGCUCCCAGCUGUGAAGUUGGUUCUCAGUGCUUGUAAACUUGUGAGGUGGGGUAGGAAAUGGGUGUUUCCUGUUGCUGCCUUCUUCCUUCCUGCUGCAGCAUUCUGAUGCUUCACUUGGAAAUAAAUUCUUCUCAUCUCUUCUUGAAAACAGUAUCCUAUGUUUGGAUUACACCUGAUCUUCUUUGGCAGUUGUUAAGCAAUUGGGGGUUUUUUUUCCCCCUUAAAAACUUAACAUCAAAUCAAUUUCUAGAAUGAAGCCUUAAAAAUCCACCAAGCGCCGGGCUUCUGUUUCGCUGUGCCCUGAUCAGCGCUGUUUGAAGCGAGCAUGUGGGUAGGAAAGCUGAUUGUUUGUGUCUGUUGAGCCUGCCUGUUGGGAGGGAGCAGCCUCUGUUGGAAUCACAAGAGCAGAAAUGCACAGCUAAAAGAGAACUUCCGUCGGUCCGGAGCAGCUGACCGGAGGGUCCUGACCAUGGUGUGUUCCCCGGUUGAGUCCCCAGUGCCCUCUCUGGUCCCAGGGCUGGUCCCUGUGGAUGUCACAGCCUCCAGAGCUGCCCUGGCUUGCUUGUUUGCAAAGGCCCAUGCUGGAGGCAAUGUCUCUUGUGGGUAUGAAUGUGACUGGUCGUGUUCCUGGUGUCAUGUGCCGUCCAUGGAGGGUGGCAGAGCCAGUUUUUCUGCUGUGAAUAUGGGACUGGGGGAGGAGACCGCAUCACUCAAAUACCCAGGUCCCUGGUAGCUGCCAGCCAGCAUCGCAGACGCCGCUUGCCUUUUCCAGCUCCAGGUGUGACAGUCUCGUGCCUCAGAGCUCUCUGGCUUCGGUGAAAUGUCGACAAUCCUGAAAUGGUUUGGACGGGAAGAUAAGGAGAAAGAGGAGAAGGAAAAGGACAAAGAAGAAGAGAAGAAAGAAGAGGAGAAGGAAAAGGCUGAGGGAGAAAAAGAGAAGGACAAGAAGAAGAAGAAGAAAAAGAAGGAGGGACAUGGGGAAGAGGCCAGGAGGAGCAGCAGCAGCUCUGACAGCGACUCAGAGGAGGACCAUGGUAGUGACAAGUGUGCUGAGAAAGAAGACAAAGAUUAGCCUUUCUGUGCUGGAGCAGCCGUGCACGCCCUGGGCAUGCUGAAGGGGAGGGGGUGCAAACGACAGCACGCACUGGAGGGGGCUUGGGAUGCUUUUAGGCAAAUAA